AUGACGACGCCCGUCGAACCCGCCACCCGCAAGAGGGUUCUCAAAGUCAUUUUCUUUUCUUUGUUGCUUGAUUUGAUCUCAUUUACUUUUAUUCUCCCAUUAUUCCCAAAGCUACUCGAAUUCUACCGCAACGUAGAAGCUCCCCUCGAUCCUUCGGCACCACCAUCCAAGACCCUUCUCUCCAGUGUCUUGGGCUACCUUAACACUUACAAAGCUUCCUUUGCGCGACCAAUUGACUCGCGAUAUGACAUUGUUCUGCUCGGCGGUGCCUUGGGGAGUCUCUUUUCCCUCCUCCAAGCCAUCGCCUCCCCCAUAAUCGGCCACUUCUCCGAUCGCUAUGGCCGCCGCACCGCCCUUCUUCUCAGCAUGACAGGCAACAUCCUCUCGGUGCUCCUCUGGGUCAUGGCCACCGACUUCCGCACCUUCCUCGCCUCGCGCAUCGUCGGCGGUCUCUCCGAGGGCAACGUUCAGCUGGCCACGGCCAUCGCAACCGACAUCUCGGACCCUUCAAAGCGCGGCUCGACCAUGGCCCUCAUCGGAGCCUGCUUCUCUAUCGCCUUCACCUUCGGUCCUGCCCUGGGCGCAUGGCUGAGCACUUUCAGUACCGUGGCCGCCAACCCCUUCGCGACAGCCGCCGGCGUGUCUCUGACUUUGAUCGUCGUCGAGACGAUAUACCUCUACUUCUGUCUGCCUGAGACACUCCCUGCUCUGACGCACAAGACUCAACCUACCGGCGCUCAAGUCAACGAUACCGAGACCGAGGCCGAGAAGAAACCAGCAACUGCAACCACCCCCGCGGCCGUCCACCGCACAAACUCCCACUUCCUCCUCAACCUCACCCACCUCUCCUUUCUCCUCUUCUUCUCCGGCAUGGAAUUCUCCCUCCCCUUCAUGACCUACGACCUCUUCGCCUACGACUCCUCCAAGAACGGCCGUCUGCUCGGUUUCGUCGGCCUGAUCGCCUCUCUUCUCCAAGGCGGCGUCACCCGUCGCCUACCUCCCUUGCUCUCCGUUCGCAUCGGCGUGGUAGCAUGCUUGCUAGCGUUCAUCAUGCUUGGCCGUAUCACCUCCGUUUCUGGGCUCUACGGCGCUGCUACGUUAUUGGCAACGACAUCAGCGACGGUCGUCACGGGGUUGAAUGCCUUGAGCAGCUUUGAGUCGCAUGAGGGCGAAAGGGGUGGGAAGUUGGGCAUGCUGAGGAGUUGGGGACAGCUGGGGAGGGGAUUGGGCCCGGUGUUGUUUACGAGUGUUUAUUGGUGGGCGGGGAGAGAGGUUGCAUAUGGGAUUGGUGCGUUGGGGAUGAGUUGGGUGACGUUGUUGGUGUUGUAUACAUUGAAGACGCCGCCGGGGAGUGAGAGUGUGAAGGCGGCGAAGGCGGAGGUGGCGGACGAGAAGAAGGAGUUGUAA